AGCAAGACCGGUUCCGCCAUAGUUCUGCGGGUUCUUCAGAAAAACUAACUUAGUGUCAUCUUCAGUGAACAUUGGUGGUCAGUGUUUCAAAUUUGUGCCUUAUUUCUUUGGCGAACUUCCUUAUUCCUUAUUCCUCAGACCAGGAAGAUUUGAUUCGCUUACGAUCCUAACAAGGCGAUCAGCGGAAACGUCAAUCCAGACUUGGAAGAGGAUAGCAAGAAAAGUCGACUAUCUCAGUUUGAGUUCACGGAAAAAUGAAUCGCUCCAACGCUGAAUCUCAGAAACCCGCUAUUUUGACUCCAGUAGUGGUUGAUCAACAUGAAAUACCGAAGGUGUUCAAAAUUGCCAGGCGACAGUCCAUCAGCGCACACAACGUUACUGCUCGUGUCAUAUGCACCACAUCUAACAUGAAAGAGUCUCACGUGAUCGAGGAAACUAAGCAGGUGGCUAAGGAAGAAGACGAAGUUUCAGUAUACGAUAGCAUUGCCGAGUCUGUGGACUCUGAGUCUUGUGUGAUCGACUUGCAAGUGUUAAUUAAAGAUGAAGAAGUCGCAGAGCUCUCUCCAGCCCCUAAGGAAGAGGACGAAAAAAGCGCUGAACCUGAACCAGAGCGCCCUCCUACUCCUUCUUGUGCCAAUACUCUCUGCCAGGCGUGUUGCGGUUGCAUGCCCUUUUAGAGGGUUUUAAAUGUGUUCUUUAGAGUAUACUGGGUGCAUAUUGAAGAUUACUUAGAUCACUUUCUCUCUUUUAUUAAAAAUAAAAAUGCACCAAAGUUUUAUUUAUGUUAAAAAUUAACCAAAGUUGUUUAUAUCAAGUAGCUUGAUUCCGAUUGUUUUUAUGUACUAAUUACUAAAUGUUUGUUACGUUUUCAUUCUCUAAUACUGUUAAUAAUAUUGAUACUUUUGAUAUUGUUAAAUUCUGUUACAUAAGAAAUAAUGUGUGUAAUACUUGUAUUGAAAAUGUUGAGCUUUUUAGUAAAAAUAUUUCCAAUAUUAAUGCAGUAAUAGUUGAAGUGUCGGUCUGUGGGAAAAUUACAAGAAAUCAAUACUUAAAGGAUCAAAAGAACUAAUGAAAUGAAUAUGAAUAAAAAUUUAUAAAAAUACAAAAAAAUAUAUAUAAAAUGUAU